CGCAGUGUAGAUCGGUGCUUCGUGCGGUCUCUACCAUGGAAGAUGUGGUAAUCCUUGGCGCAAUGAGUGGCGAGCCUUUCCACCAUUUCAAGGCUGCAGAGUUGGAUGACUUGCAAGAAGUGUUGGAUCUCAAAAUGGCGCUUUGUAAAGCCAAAGGCUUACAGAGUGCAAAGAUGCUGCGGCUUUUCGAAGAGGCUGAGCAGGCGGCUGAAGCAGAGUCAAGGACGGUACCACUCCAAGACAACCUUCCGCUCCAGGAGACGCUGUGGCGUCGCCAGCGACGGACCUUGCGGGCAUUGGUUGUCUUGCCAGAAGAUGAGGAUGACGAGCUGGAAAAGCGUUUGCCGGUGGUGCUCCAGCAUGGAUUGGUGUCGGAACUCAAAGACAGCGUCUUACAUGUGGCCUUGCAGCGAAGGGCCCAGGUGAUGGGGAAGUUGCCUCCUGAGCUGAAGGGAGAUCGACACUUGGUGCUGGAAGCAGUGACGCAGAACUGGAGGGUCUUGCGAUUUUGCCAACCCAAUUUCCAAGAUGACUUUGACGUUGUGCGGCAGGCCCUACUCCAGAACACCGAGGCCUUGCAGUUCGCCUCGGAGCGGCUCCGUGGAGACCAGGCGUUGGCGUCCGAGGCUCUGCAGCUGAACACGGCGGUGCUGCAGUUUGUGACUCCAAACCUGCGAGACGAUGAAGAGCUGCUGCGAGAGGCAGUGCGAUGGAACCCCUUCGCGCUGCGCUUUGCAUCGUCUAGAUUGACCAAUCACAAGGAUUUGGUGAUGCAAGCUGUCAGGGCUGAAGGCUUGGCGCUGCUCUAUGCAGGGAAGGAUAUGAGAGAAGAUCGAGAGGUGGUGUUGGCCGCUGUGAAACACACCGGCAGCGCAUUGGUGUUUGCUUCCGGCGAACUGCGAAGCGACCGAGAGGUGGUUUGGGAGGCCGUCCACCAGAAUGGAAUGGCCUUACAGCAUGCGAGUGAUGAGCUUCAAGCAGACCUCGAACUCCUCAACGAGGCCGGGGGCCAAAUCUCGUUCCAGGCUGAUGGCAUCCCACCGGUAACUCAGCCCUCCUUUGCUCAGAGCAGGGGCGACAUCGUCAGUUCCUGUGGCUUCAUGUCACCUCGUCCAGUUCGACAGGGGUAUCCUAUGCCCAAGACAACUGUGGAUUGCUCGUGAGCAUAUUGCAUGAUGUUGAGCACAUCCAGCAGAGCCAAGUGCAAUCUGUAUCAUGAUGUAUCAUGUAUCAUCAUGUAUGAGAUCAUCUACUAGGAGCAAGGACGCUACGUUCGGGGCUCCUGGCCUUACUACUAGGAGCGAUCGGACGCUACUAGGAUUGGGCAAGAAAUACGUGUUGCCAAGCUCGGAUCGAAGAAUGCCGAAAGAUCGGCUGCAUGAAAAGACGACGUGUUUCCCUCGGUGGCAAGGGACGAAUUCAAUUUUAAGGGCAUUGACCUCGAUGUAUCGGUGGCGUUAGGCAUCUCGCGAGCUCAAAAGUGGCAAAUCC